CUACUCCACGCUAGUGCCUCCUUGUCUGUUACCCGCCUGCCCGAAGCCGCGCCCACUGUCCAGAGCCAGAGGGAUGGUGGUAGUCACGGGGCGGGAGCCAGACAGCCGUCGUCCAGACGGUGCCAUGUCCAGCUCCGACGCCGAAGACGACUUUCUGGAGCCGGCCACCCCGACGGCCACGCAGGCAGGGCACGCGCUGCCCCUGCUGCCCCAAGAGUUUCCUGAGGUUGUUCCCCUUAACAUUGGAGGAGCUCACUUCACCACACGCCUGUCCACUCUGCGGCGCUAUGAAGACACUAUGCUUGCAGCCAUGUUCAGCGGGCGGCAUUACAUCCCCACCGACACUGAGGGCCGGUACUUCAUUGAUCGGGAUGGCACACAUUUUGGAGAUGUGCUGAAUUUCCUGCGCUCGGGGGACCUGCCGCCCCGGGAACGUGUGCGGGCGGUGUACAAAGAGGCCCAAUACUAUGCCAUCGGACCCCUCUUGGAGCAGCUGGAGAACAUGCAGCCACUGAAGGGGGAGAAAGUGCGCCAAGCAUUUCUGGGGCUCAUGCCCUAUUACAAAGACCAUUUGGAGCGGAUUGUGGAGAUCGCCCGGCUGCGCGCAGUACAGCGGAAGGCCCGCUUUGCCAAACUCAAGGUCUGUGUCUUCAAGGAGGAGAUGCCCAUCACCCCCUAUGAGUGUCCACUUCUCAACUCUCUGCGUUUUGAGCGGAGCGAGAGUGAUGGGCAGCUGUUUGAGCACCACUGUGAAGUGGAUGUGUCUUUUGGGCCCUGGGAGGCUGUGGCUGAUGUUUAUGACCUGCUGCACUGCCUGGUCACAGACCUCUCAGCCCAGGGCCUCAUCGUGGACCACCAGUGCAUCGGGGUGUGUGACAAACACCUCAUCAACCACUACUACUGCAAGCGCCCCAUCUAUGAGUUCAAGAUCACAUGGUGGUGAGUAGUCCUGGUAGGGAGUAGAGUCCCUUCAGGAAAGGUGUCCAUCCAUUCCCCUCAGUGGCUCUGGGAGUCAGAUCCC